UGAUGAUAGUGAAGUCAACGUAAGCUGGAACUGCUCGUGUCCUCAGAAAAAAAACCUGAUUUAAUUUAGUGUGGUGUUGUGGGCAGUGAUGUUGGGAUGUCUGAAGCAACCUCAGAGUCUCGGACACCUGUUUCUCACCCAUGAUUUUAAUAGGAUUAGGGCUCCUGUCACCCUUAGGUUGCUUUGAAAGUCACAGACUCUUGAAGUUAACGGAAGUCCUUUUAUGCCUUAGUUAUAUAUUAUCAAGAUGAAGUGUUCAAAAUCUUGCUUGUUAAACUAUUAAAAUGGUGGAUAAAUAGGUAAAUGUGCAGAAAAGGUAAGGCCAAAGGGGUAAUACCAAACUUUCAUGUACUAAUAGGAAGUACGCUUCCCAAGCUGCCCACCUGCUACCAGGGGGCGUUACACGAUCGAGUUUGUAUUUUCAGCCAUAGUAGAAAAUGUCCAGGAACCAGUUUUUCUUCAUCCAAGGACUACAUUCUUUUCUAAUAACAUCCAGUCUUUUAAACAAGCUUGUACUGGCUCAUGAAUAGUAAUGGGCUGUACUUUUGGUUAGAAUGAAGGAACAUAAAUCACUAAGUGUCAGGCGGCUUAGAAACCAGUGUGUCCUCAUGAUUGUUUAAUAGAGUACAAAGGGAACUGCCUUCAAGCUAGGGAGAUCUCAUACCCACUCACCCAUCGGUGAUGCUUCAAAAAAAGAAGACAAUUGUUCCCUUACAGAGUCUUGGCAUGAAAAUUUAAUUAGCAGCCAAGAUCUUUCUGAAGAUGAAAAAAAGCAAUUUCUUUUUAUAUAGUCACUUUCUUUAACUGUUUACUUUAUAUUUCUGUAUGAUUCGCUCAGAAGGAUCUGCUGCCUUCUACAUGUAUUUUUUUUCUCCUUCAGUUGUGCUUUUGAAAUUAUUUUACCAGGUUUCAGCAUUUUUUUGGCAUUCUGUUUCAGCCCAUUUCAACACAGUUCUUGGAAGACAUUCAGAACACGAGUCAGAGGCAGAAGUGGAUGCAUAAUGAGAUUUAAUAUGUACGGAAUACAAACCUGCUGUUAUUAGAUAAAAUAACAAUUAUAAUAAUUGUUGCUGUCAUUGGUAGAUUUGUUGAAAUGAGUCUUUAGAAGAGUACAAGGAUAGCGAGUAUAUAUUAAUCAGAAAAUCAGUCCUCAGUUGGAAUCAGGUGCUAUUUAUGCUAUUUAGUAUAGUUUCAUCUCUUUAGCAGAUGUGUUAUUUUACACUAUAAGAAUUAAAUCUUCUGCCUUAGCUGGUAUUUGCAGUGUCAUAGUGUGAUUUCUGUGCCAGGGUUGAAUUUGAGUUUUGCUUAAUUUCUUGGAUUUAAACAACUCUACUUUAGUUUUCCUGUUUGCAAGGAGACAAGAAAUGAACAAGAAGAGCCCCAACCCUUUCGCUCUGAUGGCAUCUGCUCAUAAUGUCGAAUGUCUUAAUGUCAAAUUAAUUAAAUCUGUGGUCCAAUGUGACGUAUUUUCCAAAAGUGCACAGAUGCGCGGAUAUACUAUGCUAUCCUUGAAGCAGAAAUGUUUAUGUACGCAUUUUUGCAGUUACUAGAGACGCUUCAAGACCCAAGUGCAUCGAAGAAUGUGUCUCAGCUUCAAGGUGUGCCUUGGCUUAAUCCAUCAGUCCCCCCAGUGCUUUGAGAACUGCCUCAAAACAGUCCUCAGAGCAGCAGAUACCUGGGGGAGUGUCAGAUAAGAUGUGCCUGGCUGAAAAACGUGGUCGUUGAAACUCAAAUGGUGUCUUUAAGUUCUCCUCUGCCCAGACAUGCGUGUACUUACCUAUUUAUUUAUGUUUGGAUGGCAGUGGUGAAAUACCUCCUGGUCGUGAGUCCUGUAUUACAUCUAUAACAAAUGUCGAGCCCUGGACAGUAUAGGGGUGAACUUUGCUCCUCAGCUCUCACAGAUUGCACGUGUUGGAUGUUAUAGCAGGGCCGGUGACUUUACUUGGCAACAGAACCCUUUCAACCAGCAGUUGAUUGCUUCUGGCUGCUGCCAGUGUCUUUAAAGACUGAAAGUAAAAAUAAUAUAAUAUAGGACACACAGCUGAAAUUUGGAAACAAAGUUUCUUGCAAAGACUAAAAUUAAUGUUUAUUUUUCUGGUUAAAGAGUAAAACUGUAGAAUGAAUUUUUCAUGAGGUAUUUUAUUUCCCAGGAAUGGUGAUCUUUAGAAAUGUUUCACACUUUUAUGUCUUGACCAAGUUGUUCUUUUUUAAGCUUCUAAAAGAUUCAAGUUUUCGGUUUGUAAACAAUAAUCAAAGUGUUUUGACACUUCUGAAAUUCACCUUGCACCUUCUUUGGAGAGUAGGGUCAGACUCUGGGAUGGAAAAAGCUGAGUGUAACAUGUACUCAACAGUAUAACAUAAUAUAUACUCGACUCCUUAAGGUUCCAGAAGAACCUGGUUGUCCCUGUAGAAUAACAGAAUGGUUUGAGUUGGAAGGGACCUUAAAGAUCAUCUAAUUCCAACGCCCCUGCCAUGUAGGUCGGUAAGGGAAACAUGUCUAUCGGUACAAGUGAGAGGAGUAUGUUUGACUUGUUUGGUUCUCAGAUUUUGUUGCUUUCCUUUAGGAAGAAGAGGUUGGUCAGGCUCUUUGGAGCAGUUUUAUUGAGGUGUGCUCAGUAAAAGGAAUCGGUAGAAUUGUGUGCUGGGGACGUGGGAGACUGUAGCUAAUACUGAGAUGGUAGAAUACAGUGAGAAAACUCAGAGCAGCUUGUCAGUCCUCAGAAGGGAUACAAAGAAGGAUUUCCUAAGACCCAGAGGACUGGAUAAGGCUUACUGUUGUUUAGGAAAUGGCUGACCUGGCUAGAUUUGAGGACUUGUCUUCAAAGGGGGGAGUUUCAUAUGUAUGUUUUAAUUUGACUACACUUUUCAAACUGCUCUGACCUUUGUCCAUUUACCAAGUCACUUGUUGUAGCUAUUACUUGUAUAAAACCCAGAUUUGGAGGCAUUUAAAGCCCUUGGCUUUCGGAAAUUUACAGUCAAAAAAGCUUUGGAGCAGUAUGCCCCUGUAUUCUGGCUCCGUGGGCCAGGUUGGAUGGGGCUUUGAGCAACCCGAUCCAGUGGAAGAUGUCACUGCCCAUGUCAAGGGGGUUGUAACUGGAUAAUAUUUGACGUCCCUUCCAACCCACACCGUUCUAUGAUUAGUUUUACAGAAUUUUUGGAUCCAUUCCAGCGGGUUAUCCAGCCAGAAGAGAUCUGGCUGUAUAAGAAUCCUUUGGUGCAAUCAGACAACAUACCUACACGUCUUAUGUUUGCAAUUUCAUUCCUUACGCCACUUGCAGUCAUCUUUGUGGUGAAAAUAAUCCGACGAACAGACAAGACUGAAAUUAAAGAGGCUUUCCUAGCUGUCUCCUUGGCUCUAGCGCUGAACGGUGUCUGCACAAAUACCAUUAAAUUAAUAGUGGGAAGACCGCGUCCCGAUUUCUUUUACCGCUGCUUUCCAGAUGGAGUAAUGAACUCUGAAAUGCACUGCACAGGUGACCCGGAUCUGGUAUCUGAAGGCAGAAAAAGCUUUCCAAGUAUCCACUCUUCCUUUGCAUUUUCAGGCCUUGGCUUUACCACCUUCUACUUAGCUGGGAAGUUACACUGCUUUACAGAAAACGGCCGGGGAAAGAGCUGGCGGCUUUGUGCAGCGAUUCUCCCUCUCUACUGUGCCAUGAUGAUCGCUCUGUCGCGUAUGUGUGAUUACAAACAUCACUGGCAAGAUGCUUUCGUUGGAGGGAUCAUUGGCCUCAUUUUUGCCUAUAUUUGCUACAGACAACACUACCCUCCCUUGGGCAAUACAGCUUGUCAUAAAUCUUACGUCAGCCUGCUAGAUCAGAACUCUGUGAAGAAAGAAGAGCGACCUACAGCAGAUAACGCUACCGGCCUGCCUCUAGAGGGAAUCACUGAAGGUCCCGUAUGACUUAAAGAAAUGUGCAGAAUGAACUUUUAGCCUCCUCACAUUUCCUCCAAACUGAUCUCUUAACACGGUGUUUCUUACUGUAUGUGUUUUUUCUUUUGUUUCUUUCCUUUUUUUUUAUAAAGAAAAAUGAAAUUUUAUUUUUAAUGCCAUAGCAUCAUACUUUUAAAUUUUCAGUUCAUAUUGACUUGGUGAAUUAUCUGGGUUCAGUCUACUGCAAACAGACUGCUUGGGGGAAGGGGAAAGAACGUUAAUAAAAAGAAUCCCACUUGGCGAAAAGUUAAGAGAGUAACUUUAAGAAGAUGUGGCUGAGUAGAUCUGGUAACAGACUUUCUGAGGGACUGAGUGUCUCCUAGAAAGUUCUGGUUGUCUUCAGCACUGAUUGAUGUUGUUGGGUGGUGAGUACACACAGCACUUUCCAUCAGGUGUUCAGAAUCUGGUUUGGCCAGAAUUUCUUCUAUAGUUUGAGAAAUUAGAGCAUCAUUCUUAUGUUUAUCUUCUUGCCUUGUAGCAUAAAAAGUUUUCCACGUGCUGGUAGAACUUUGUAUUAAUUGCCACGUUUUGACAAGGUCAUUCUGAGCUACUAAUGAUCAAGCAACCAAAAGGUAUGAAUGGUUUUGUGUUUGCAAAAGCCAGGCCUCGUAAAUUAGUAGUUCCACAGACGUUUCUGACAUCCAAGAAAUCCCACACUGUUAAAAUUAUCAGCUUACAAUAACAUAUAUUCAUAGGAUGGAUUAGGAACUCAGUCUGACAUCAUGAACAAUUGUUUUAGAGUUCUUGUGGUAAAUACCAUCAAAACAAAAAGAAAGAAAAGAACACCCAUGACGUUCAGCAAGCUGAGGUCUUUAAAACAAGAUUUUAGAAGUCCUAAACCUGUGAGGAUAAGGAAACACAGUGUUUUCUGUGAAUCUAGGUGUGCUGUAUUCAUUCUUGUGUAGUGACUCACUGCAGCAUCGGCGAUCUAAAGAAAUGCAAAGAUGUUCAUUUGUGACUUGAGGAGCACAACCAUGAAUGCUUGUGGUGGCCUCCAGCACAGCAACAUACCCAGAGGAAAGCUGGAGGCGGUUUGCCACUCGACCCAUUCCACAUUUCCAGCUCAUCACGUUCUUGAGCAUGGUGUUUGCAGUCAGUUUGGUGCCUGAAUUGAGACUGACCCGAAUCAAAACGCUGUUGGUAUGGAGACGAUUGCUGAGUGUACAGCUUUAGUUAAUUUAUUCUAGGUAGGAUCCUGUUUUGUUAUGUAUGCACUAUGCAGUAUACGUCACAUUCCUGUGAAACGAUGGACCUUUGGUAGGCAGAGUGUCAAGACAGUUGAACAUUUCUUAGCCAGAGCCGCUGGUUAAAGCGAUCAAGAUAGCAUUGAUCAACGACCAUUAUUACGGUGCUUUAGACUGAAGAGACUGCUGCCAUAAUUCUAAUUUAUGUGUUCCUGUUGGAAUAUGUACUGGCCUUGUAGGCAUUUUGUGAUUCACACGGCUCGAUGUCUUUACGUGAGGCUUGUCAUUCACUUCUCUCAAAGUUCAGAACGGUAGAUUCUUCGAGAAGAGCUACUUCUUGAUCGGCAACUCUUCAAUUUUUAUAGAAAGCAAGUGAAUUAGAAUCCCAUUAAAAAUAAGUGUAAUAAUUGUGUUCAAGAGGAUGCAACCUUAAUAUGUAUAAAAUUAUGUGAUACUUGGAGAUAAUUAUAAAUAGGAGAUGACAUUAAGAUACAGAGUAUAAUAGGUGUGAACUCGAGGGGCUGUGGGGUCUAGGCAUGAUGUACUUGUCAAACACAUCAGUUAGAGACAGGAUUUUUUACUGACAGUUAAAGUAAUCUGAGCUCCAGAAUAGAGACAAUUACCCAAACAUCAGUGUAUCCUGCUGGUGUAUCUGCGCGAGUGCACCAAACCAGCAUCAGCAAAGCAAGAUUAUCCUGGCAUUGCAUUUGCACCGGAUUUGAGAGCGAAACUGAGGUCUUAUUCCAGAAACCCACACAGUUUAGUGGAGGGUUAAUCUUUUUAAACCAUCCUACGGGAUUCUGUAACAGGGAUCUCAUUUUCUAUUGCUUCAUGCGGGAGGGUUGACCAAAGCCCUGCAGUGUGGGUAUCAUGUCUUUCCAUUGUACAGGGCUUGGCCAUUAGCUUUUUCUUUCAGCAGGAACCCUAGUCUUCCAGGUUAUAUGCAAAUCUUAAGUCAAAAUGAAGAGUUUAAUAUGGAUGCAUAGAGCAUUUUGCAUGUUUUUAUAUAGAUCUGGCUUAUUCUCAAAAUGAGCGAGGCCUCCAAACUGUGCUAUACGCAUUCCCAGUAUUUUAAUGGCUUUUGAUACAAACAAGCGAUCUUCUUUGGGCUGGGGAAACCUUACACAGCUCUCGAGCAAGCAGUGGCUGUUAAGAGGUUGGAGUAGAAGGUGUAAUGCAGCAUAGAUUCUUACAUUGCAGGAGUAAUUUGUGAACUUCGCAAAGCAGUAAAGAAUAACAUA